GGGAGUUAGUGGGGUAGUGGACACUUAACUGCAUUUUUUGGUGCCUAUAUAAUACAAGUUCAGGUAGUGUAAUCUUCUGAAUUUUUUUCGCUCUUCCUGUAUUCAUACAGCAACACAUCUGCAGCAAUGGAUAUCUCGGAUGACUUCGUGGACAUUUAUGAAGACGAUCAGCCUGCAAAGAAAGUAAGUUGGAAUCUGGGUUUUGAUGCAAUGACACCGAAGAAGAAUCAAAUAUGCAGCCCAAUGAAAGAUUCUCCGAAGACGGACAGUGGAAGUGUAGAGAUCAUUUCAUAUGGACAGUAUUUUAGUCCAUUCAAAUCUGAAAUGCAUAGGGAGGUUAUUGAACAGUUUCAGAACAUAGAAAAACAAGCUAAAAGAAAGCAUGCGCUCCUAACUUGGAAAUGGGAUGAGGUCAUUGAUAUUACCCAAAGUGAAGAUUCGAAUGGUCAGAAAGAUGAUUCUAAGGCAAAACAACAAGAUGAUUUGGAGUCUGAGUUAAGUGAUACAGCAGACUCUUUGGAUAGUCCAUUGAAAAGAUCAAAGAUUCCACGUAUAUCUAAAAAUUGCAACGAUCAUGUUGGAUGGGUUGAAUUUUAAGUUUACUCAGUUUAAGUCCUGUUUGUCAUAGUCAUCUUUUAUGUUUUGCCUUUCAAGUCAGUGUUUGUUAAGGUUUGU